AUGGCUCGAGGUAUUGAGGGUAAUGAAAUCGCUGUACCGAAGCCAGCCACCUUUAAGAAGACCCCCUCUGCUUCACAGUCCGGCAAAGGCCAGAAGAGCAUUCUGGGUUUCUUCCAGAAGACCGAUGGCGCCUCAAGUCCCGUUAUCAAGUCUUCGCCACCCGCCAAUGCUCCUUUCAAGAGUCCAGUAACUGUUCAGACGAGAAAACUAUCGAGCCUGCCCAGGGCCUCAAGCACAGCGUUGACACCAGUCCCGACCAGCGAUGCUCCGAUACCUUCCUCGAGUCCACCGUACAACGAAAGUAUUGGCGGGAAAGGUACGAACAAAGAGAAUGGUCUGCAGCCAUCUACCACAUCACCAGGAGCACAAGCUGACGGAGCCUUGCAAGUAGAACUCGCAGGUGGCGCUCUGCUCAGCAGUCCCUCGCGGAAGUCCAAGAAGGCGGUCAGCUACGCCGAAUCGGAAGAAGAAGACGAGGAAGUGUUUAGGCAGAUCACAGGCAACACUGGAAAUGGCCGGGCGUCGAAGAGGUUGAAGGUCAGCUUGGAAGAGUCGGAUGAUGAGUUUGGGCUUGAUGCUGCCACACAAGCUGCUCUUGUAGAAGACGACUUCGAUGACUUUAUAGCUCCUGACGAUUCUGACGAAGCACCACUUCCACAGAAGAGAAAGCGCCAGCCUUCGGCACAGUCGCGCAAGAAACCUACACAACAACCUCCAAAAGCUCCCACACCGACGGAAGAUGAUGACUUCGAGAUGCCUACUGUGUCAACAGCACAACAAUGGACCUACGACCCUGAGAACCCGCAACGCAUUCAGCCCAAGCCAACACCCGUAGCUGCCAAAAAACCUGCCAUCGACAAGAACAAGAAGCCGAAGGCUCACAUGACGGAACCCGACCAGCGAUACCCGUGGCUAGCCAACAUCCUCGAUGCGGACAGGAACCCGCCCAACCAUCCUGACUAUGACCCUCGCACCAUCUACAUUCCACCGCUAGCAUGGAAAGCCUUCUCGCCGUUUGAGAAGCAGUAUUGGGAGAUAAAGCAAAAAUUCUGGGACACCAUAGUCUUCUUCAAGAAGGGCAAGUUCUACGAGCUCUACGAGAACGAUGCCACUAUCGGGCACCAGCUUUUCGACCUCAAGCUUACUGAUCGUGUCAACAUGCGGAUGGUCGGCGUACCCGAGGCGUCUCUGGAUCAUUGGGCGAACCAGUUUGUGGCAAAAGGCUUCAAGAUUGCUAGAGUGGACCAGAUGGAGUCGGCGCUGGCAAAAGAGAUGCGGGAGAGGGAUGGAAAGAAACCGGGCAAGCCAGCGAAAGAAGAGAAGAUCAUACGCAGAGAGCUGGCGUCUGUACUCACGGCAGGCACACUGGUUGAUGGCGGCAUGCUGCAGGACGACAUGUCCACCUUCUGCGUCGCCAUCAAGGAGAUCGAUAUGGGCAACCGACCGGCCUUCGGCAUAGCGUUUGUCGAUACCGCUACCGCGCAGUUCCAUCUUGCCGAGUUCGUCGAUGAUGUAGACAUGACAAAGUUCGAAACGUUUGUGGCACAGACGCGGCCAAGAGAGCUGUUACUGGAGAAGUCAUGCAUCUCAACCAAAGCACUGCGCAUACUCAAGAACAACACCACUCCAACUACGAUCUGGAACUAUCUGAAGCCAAACAAGGAGUUCUGGCCUGCUGACAUAACUUGCCGCGAGAUCGAUGCGAGCGCCUACUUUGUAUCACAAGACGAGGAAAACUCCGAAGCUUGGCCCACCGUCCUCCGCGAAGCAAGGGAGAAAGAGCUCGUCAUGUCAGCCUUCGGCGCGUUGGUUCAGUACUUGCGGACACUCAAAAUCGACAGAGAUCUUGUCAGCCUUGGCAAUUUCUCUUGGUAUGAUCCAAUCAGGAAGGCAACGAGCCUGGUGCUUGACGGCCAGAGCCUCAUCAACCUCGAAAUCUUCGCCAACAGCUUCGACGGCAGUACGGAUGGCACGCUGUUCACGAUGCUAAAUCGGUGUGUCUCGCCUUUCGGCAAGCGCAUGCUUCGACAGUGGGUGUGCCACCCGCUUGCCGAUGCUGCAAGAAUCAACGCUCGCCUUGACGCUGUAGAUGCGCUGAACGCUGAUGGUACGGUGACUGAGCGCUUCACCUCCUCUUUGAGCAAGCUUCCGGAUUUGGAGAGGCUGAUCUCUCGCGUCCACGCCGGAAGAUGCAAAGCCCAGGAUUUUGUUAGGGUGAUUGAAGGCUUCGAGCAGAUAGAGUAUACCAUGAGCCUCCUCGGGGAGUUCGGCGAAGGCGACGGUGUCAUCGGACAGUUGAUCUCGUCUAUGCCGGACCUAUCGGGCGCCCUGAAGCACUGGAAAGAGGCCUUCGACCGAACGAAAGCUAAUGCAGAUGGCAUACUCGUGCCUGAACCUGGUGUCGAGGAAGACUUUGACGAGAGCCAAGAGCGGAUCGAGAACUGUCUCAAGGAUCUUGAUGAUCUUCUCAAGCAAGUUCGACGCGAUCUUGGCUCCACAGCAAUCGUCUAUCGUGACAAUGGCAAGGAGAUAUACCAGCUCGAGGUGCCUAUGAAGGUUUCAAAGGUACCGAAGCACUGGGAUCAGAUGUCCGCCACGGCCAAGGUGAAGCGAUAUUACAGUCCCGAACUCCGCAAGCUUGUCCGUGCCCUGCAGGAAGCACAGGAAACGCACGGCCAGAUCGUCAAGGACGUCGCCCGAAGAUUCUAUACUCGCUUCGAUGAAGACUACACAACAUGGCUUGCCGCAACAAAAAUCGUCGCCCAGCUGGACUGUCUCAUCAGCUUAGCCAAAGCCUCAGCAUCCCUCGGCGAGCCAAGCUGCCGACCAAUCUUUGUUAAUGAUGAACGGACUGUGCUGGAGUUCACUGACCUCCGCCACCCAUGCAUGCUCACCAGCGUGACGGACUUCAUCCCCAACGACAUCACCCUUGGCGGUUCCGCCCCCAACAUUGACCUUCUCACCGGCGCCAACGCGGCGGGCAAGUCGACAAUCCUCCGCAUGACCUGCAUCGCAGUCAUCAUGGCCCAAAUCGGGUGCUACCUUCCCUGCACCUCUGCGACCAUGACACCGAUCGACCGUAUCAUGUCCCGGCUCGGCGCCAACGACAACAUUUUCGCCGCCCAAUCCACCUUCUUCGUCGAGCUGUCAGAGACAAAGAAGAUCCUGUCCGAAGCCACGCCCCGCUCCCUAGUGAUCCUGGACGAGUUGGGCCGCGGGACUUCAUCUUAUGAUGGUGUUGCGGUUGCCCAGGCGGCGCUGCACCAUAUUGCCACGCACGUCGGCUGCGUCGGGUUUUUCGCCACGCACUAUCACUCCCUCGCGACCGAGUUCAGCGGACAUCCGCAGAUUGCGCCGAAGAGAAUGCAGGUCCACGUUGACGACGAGAACAGGCAGGUCACGUUUUUGUAUAAGCUCGAGGACGGCGUCGCGGAGGGGAGUUUCGGCAUGCACUGUGCGGCCAUGUGCGGGAUCCCGGCAAAGGUGAUCGAGUGCGCGGAAGUGGCGGCGAGGGAGUGGGAGCAUACGAGUCGAUUGAAAGAUAGUCUUGAGCAGGCGAGACAGGCGUGUUAUGUCCCGCUGGGUAUGCAGAGUGAUGUGGCGUGGAUUCUGAAAGAGGAGGUCGAGGAGGUGGUCGGCGAGCGAGGGCUGGAGGUCUUGAGGCAGGCGAUUGAGGCGCUUUGA